AUGAACUACUUACAGACAUGCAAAGUACGUUCUUUCCUCGCAGAGACAAACUCUUAUCGAUUUAUUGCCCGCCGUCGUCUAGACUUCUUCCUGCACCCCAACUUGUCCACCUCUUCAGCUGGCCGUGCGGUGGUCCAGCCGAACAUCGACCUUGUCCAUGCUUUCCGAGCUGCUGGAUCCAAGGUAAUAUGGUGCCAGUGGGGUCUCAGCGAAUAUGAUCUCCUGACCAUGCCGCCCGCGUUCCUCUUCAACUUCGCGAGCGGCGGCAACCCGAACAUGACCAUGGGUGAUGAGAUGGGCAUGAUCAACGAUAACGGCACAGAGGUGGAUAUGGGUCGCAAGCUGGUGCCAGGGUCGUGGAAUGCCCAGCAAUACGGUCCUCUCUGGGACCUCGCCCAAGAGGGUAUUGCAAACGGAACCGACGUCCAGUUUCCUAAAAAUCGCCUCAGCUGCUUCUGGGGGGCGCAGACGCCUGGAAACAUGUUCCUCCAGGACAACCUCAUCUCAACAGUUUUCAUCACAGGCGUCAAUACGGAUCAGUGUGUGUUUGGAACUUUCGUGGACGCCGCUUACAAGGGAUACGACGCCAUCUUCGUCCAGGACGCCUCCGCGACCAGCUCCCCGGAGUUCGCUACGGAGAUGGUCAUCUUCAAUGCGAAUGGAUUGGGAUUUGUCGCGAACUCCACGCAGAUCAUUGAUGGACUGAGCGCGCAAAGCAUGUAG